AUGGCCGACAAAAUGUCCACACUAUCCCCACGGGAUGCCAAAGUCACCUCGAUCGAACCCAUGAACCUUGACCAGGCCAGAUGGAUCACACUGAAGAAAAUCAGCUACAAAGAUCCUUCGGGCAAGGAGAGAUCAUGGGAGUCCGCAGAAAGACAGACAAGAGCCAAGAACAGCACUGUCGAUGCAGUGGGUGUGGUGGCCAUUCUACAUGAUCCCAAGUCCUCCAAAGGCCCAUCGAUGCUCCUCCAAAAGCAGUUCCGUCCACCUGUCGACAAAGUCACGAUCGAAGUCCCAUCGGGAUUGAUCGACGAGGGGGAAGAUCCCGCCACUGCAGCGAUACGAGAACUCAAAGAAGAAACAGGCUACAUUGCCACCAUACCCGGAGAUGCGAAGGCAGCAGAAGGAUUCGUCAUGUUCAAUGAUCCGGGAUUCUGCAACACCAACACUAAAAUGAUCUUUGUCGAGGUUGACAUGACAGAUCCUCGAAAUCAGGAAGGCAACCUCAAGCCGGAGAUGGAAGAAGGUGAAUAUAUCGAGAGCUUCAGCAUCCCGUUGGACAAUCUAUGGAAUGAACUGGAGCAAUUGGAGAAUGAUGGAUAUGCUAUUGAUGCUCGUGUUGGGACUUUGGCACAGGGUAUGGAGGUGGCCAAGAAAUGGAAGCAGGUCUUGGAUAAACGACCCUCAUGA